UUGGUUAAGGAUGGUUACCAAAUACUAUUUCAUUCCCUUGUAUAUUUCUGGUUAGUAUUGUCGAUUAUGCUGGUAUAAGGUAUCAUGGUUGCUGUUAAUGGGGAGUUGGAUCCUUGCAUAUGCAGUAGUCCCACUUUAGCUGUAGGUGGUACAUUCCAAGACUCUCCAGUGGAUCCUGAAACCAUGGGUAGUACCAGACCCAACUGCUGUCAGUUGGAACAUGUGUCUGCUCAUUUCUUCCACCCGCAAAUGUAAUGCCGUUUCCACCUUAACUAAGCACUUACAAUGUGGUCGCAACUUUCGCAGUUUGAGGCGAGACGACAAACUGUCAGGAAUUUCUUUUUCCUUGUUUACAUUUUCAUGGAUAGAAGAUUUGUUCGUACCGUAGAUCUUAGUAACCUCAGUAUAAGAUUUUUUUUUCUUUCCAGAAUAAGUCAAAAACUUUCACCUUUUUGCUUAAAGGUAGUGCUUAUGGCCUCUCUGCCGUAUCUGAAUUGCUAGCUUCACGCUUUGGGACCAUUAUUAGUAAACUAAGGGUGACUUGAACUCAGGCACUGUGAUAGCAUAUCACAGUGGAUCUGAUAAGCAAGAGGGCAAUAGGUGGAUAGACAGCAUGGAUACGCUGGACAAAGGCAUGAUUCACUUCUGGGGCAGGACAGAAUGGGAUGGCAUGAGAAUUUAUCCUGCUACUCAGAACAGUGCACAAUUUAAAACUUAGGAAUUAUUUGUUUGUGGAAUUCUUCAUUUAAUAUUUUCCAACCAAACUGACCACGGGGUAACCAUGGAAAGCAAAGCCUUGUAAAAGGGGGGACUACUGUAUUUCAGUGCAAUUCAAUGAUUUGUUGUUGUUGUUGUUGAGCAUCUACUAUAUGACAUGAACUCCUCUAAGUGGUAGGGAUAUAUGGAGUGGUGAACACAACAGACAAAAAUCCCAGCCUCUCUGGAGCUCACGUUCUCUCAGUCACCAGCCAGUAUUGAUGCGCUCAAUCGGUUGGUGUGAAGCAUUAAGAAAAAUAGAGCAGAAAAGGGGAAUGAGAGUGGAGUGCAGUUUUGAGUGGGGUGGUCAGGGAAGGCCCCAUCUGCUAGAUGACCUUUGAGUAAAGACUUGAAGGAGGUGAGGAAGCAAGCCUAGGAUAUUUUGGAGAAGCAUCCUGAACCCAGAGGAAAGCAGGUAAAGGUUUUGAAGGAAGAAUACUGGCCGUGGUCAUGAACCACAGGGAAGCCACAGUGGCUGGGCCUGGUGGCUGGAUACCUUUUCUCAGUUGGGAUUCCUCAUCUAUACUGGAAGAUUUAGCAGAUAAUUUGAGUGACUGUUUUCUCAGUGCUUCCAUUGUAGAUGUAUAGGGAGUAGUUAAUUCCUUAUAUACACUGGUCCUUUAGGGCAGGAGUUUGCAAAUUCUUUGUGUAAAGAACCAGAUUAUAAUUAUUUUAGAUUUGCUUCACAUGCCAUACAGAAAGGGUGUAGCACAAAGUACCCAUGCAUGUGGUGAACCUGGCUGUGUUCUAGUGGAUCUUCAUUUAUGGACAUGACAGUUGGAUGGAACUCCGUAUAAUUUUCACAUGUCACAAGAUAUGCUACUUUUGGAUUUUUUCCAACUACCCAACCAUGUAAAAAUUAUUCUUACCGCUGUGGGCUGUACACAAAGGUGGACCAUGAGCCAAUUUACAGACCCGUGUUUUAUAUCCAGAUCUUGGGAGGCCAUGUGAAGACUUGGGCUUACUCUGAAUAAACAUUGGAAGGUUUUGAGCAGAGGUGGGAAAUGAUCAAAUUUAAGUUUAAAAAGAAGAGUUUCAGCUGUUGUUUUGAGAUUAAACUGGAGGUGGAGCAUGCCCUUACUGGUUGGGUGGUGAGUAGUUGCAUUCUGAGGGAAUUUAAGCGGUAAAUGGCAUUUUAUUUGCUGGCUGUAUAGAGGACAGUAACAGUUGCAUGCUUUUGAAAUGUAAAAAGUUUUGUUCCUUCAAAGCAUUCAUUUGGACCCUUUGAGACUGAAGUGUAGAAAAGCAUCAGAGGUUUUUCACCGGGGAAGCUAAUGAUGGGAAAUAAUUGAGCUGCCUUACUACAGCCCAAUUAGGAAGGGUGCUUUAUGUUUUUGUAAGAUAGAGACUUACCAGUGAAGAUGAUGCAGGAGCCAUGACCCAGCCAGCAUGGUUGGUGGAGAUAGCACAUGUUGGUGGAGUCACUUUACUUCUGGGCUACACCCAUACUGGGUGCCGGGUCUCUUACCAGGUAUAGCAGACACAGCCCUACGCUCCCAGAGCCUACCUGUUGCCUUUUAUGAGUCUCCAUCCUUGAAUUGAAAAUGCUGAAGAAAGGUAACAUUUGUCGAUCACCCAUUGCAGAAGCAGUUUUCAGGAAACUUGUAACUGAUCAAAACAUCUCAGAGAAUUGGAGGGUAGACAGCGCGGCGACUUCCGGGUAUGAGAUAGGGAACGCCCCUGACUACCGAGGGCAGAACUGCAUGAAGAGGCACGGCAUUCCCAUGAGCCACGUUGCCCGGCAGAUUACCAAAGAAGAUUUUGCCACGUUUGAUUAUAUACUAUGUAUGGAUGAAAGCAAUCUGAGAGAUUUGAAUAGAAAAAGUAAUCAAGUUAAAACCUGCAAAGCUAAAAUUGAACUACUUGGGAGCUAUGAUCCACAAAAACAACUUAUUAUUGAAGAUCCCUAUUAUGGGAAUGAUUCUGACUUUGAGACGGUGUACCAGCAAUGUGUCAGGUGCUGCAGAGCGUUCUUGGAGAAGGCCCACUGAGGCAGGUUCAUGCCCUGCUGUGGCCAGCCUGACUAGACCCCACCCUGAGGUCCUGCAUUCUCAGUCAGUGUGUAAUCAUGUUCCAGAGCCCAAAGGCCUAGCUCUUUGUUCAGUUGACUUACUGUUUCUUACCUUAAAAAAUAUUGUAGAUGGAAAUCAGUUAUGUUUGGCAGAAGAAUCAAUAAAAUUAUUUGAUUCUGACAGUUUAUGGGGUAUAUUAAGCAUUCUUAGACUAGUUGAACAUCUCACUUUGCCCCAAUUACAAAAAUAGUAGAACAAACAACAUAAAACAUAAUGAAGGAAAACCUCACUUGAACGCCCAGGUCAGCAUCUGAGCCCGCUGAGACUUAGAUAGUCAAGUCUACCUCUUCAGUAGGUUUGUGUGGAUGGCCUGAUGGAAGGCAGGUGCCCUCUGCUCCCUGUGCUACCUCUCUCUUCCCCGGGCCUUUUAUGGAUUGACAGUAGCCCUCUCCAUAGGAGCUCACAGUCUAGAUUAGAAGUGUUUUAAUUUAUACACACCCAUACUGCACACUUGUAUAUUGAAAAGAUAGGGAAGAGAGAAACAUUUAUGGAAACAGUCGUUAGCACCUUCAAUACUUCAUGAUUUUUGUCGAGUUUACUUCAUGAGGAGGUCAGCUCAUUGGCUCCCAUCUGAACCACUUUGCCUCUGAAACUUAAUUAUAUCCAGAAAGAAGGACGCUUGUAUGCUAGUCUAACUAUGGUCAGUUGAGGAAUAUGACUGUUUUUAUAUGCACAUGUAACCCAAAUGUCCAAUAUAAAUUGGCUUAUUUUUAAAAUUUUUAAAAGUUGGGAAAAGCUUUAUUAUUUGGCAUGCUUAAAUAUUAAGUAUUCUUCAUCAGCAUUUAAUAAGUGUAUAGGCAGAUAUAGGUAAUUUCUGUGUAUUUUGAGAUAAUGUCAAAAUCAUGAAUAUUUCAAAAUAAACUGGGGAGUUACAAAAAUACAACUAGAGAUAUAAA